AUGGUUUCUUCAAUGUUACCACAGCCAGAAAUUCGCAUUCCCGAAGCCGUUCAUCCACCGGUACCAGGCGAAAGUCACAAAUAUUAUGGAAACAUUCACGUAAAACAAGUAAAACUUCCGUCAACCUCCCUGACGCCAAGUUAUCAGAACCAACGACGACAGUCUAAAGAGAACCUCUCGAACGACGCAAACCAGUCUAUUUACGAGGCAACUGCUGCUGGUCACUUGUGGCGUGUAAAAGAAUUGUUGGAUCCACAGGGCGUCGCGGAAACUUCGCAUUCUUUUUUGAUUGCCAAUGAGACGAACCAGUCAUCUGGAUUGACGCCGUUGCACUAUGCUGCUUCAAAGGGGCAUUUGGAAAUUGUAGAGUAUUUGAUUGAGACGGCGGGAGCUAUGAUUGAUCUUGAAGAUUCUACGGGAGAGACUGCGCUGUUAAAGGCUUCUUAUAAUGGCCAUACACAUGUAGUCGCAUUUCUUCUUCAAAAUAAAUCAAGAGUUGACCAAGUCGACAAUGACGGAUGGACAGCCCUUCAUAACGCUUCAUCACAAGGUCACACAAAAAUCGUAAAAUAUCUUGUUGAACACGGUAACGCAGAUUUAGAUGCAAAAAGUUCAAAAGGAUAUACACCAUUAAUGAAUGCCGCGUCAAAAGGUCAUCUUGACAUAGUAGAAUACUUAUUAGCAAGAAAGGCCAACCCGUUCAUCAAAAAUAAUUUUGGAGAAGCUGCGUAUGAUGUGGCAGCUAGUAGUCACGAAAUUUAUAUUUGUGAAAGGCUUGAAGAAGCUGAACGUAAAUGGUGGAAGGGCAAACGUCCUAUACCAAAUCCCACUUCUUUUGGGGAACUUGUAUCCACUCCAGCAUUAAACCAACCAUAUGACGUUAACACAUUCCACAUUUCUGUCCCCGUGGUUCUUCACGAAAAUCAACGUGCAUCUAAUGCAUUUCCCAUUCUGCGUGGACCUGCAAGAUAUUCUCCUCUAGUUAAGGGUGACUCACGAGGACCUUGGUCUGAUUCCAAUGGUGUGCCAACCACAAAAGAUGAUGUCCAGUUACCAAUGGGUUUUAUUUCAUCAGCAGCUUCAGUUAUAUCAAAUUCAACCUCAUCAAAACAACAAAGAUUAUGGUUUUGGUAUUCAGAUUGGCAGAUUGAUCUCUCACAUCCACGUGUCGAUUCUCAGGGAUGGCAAUAUGCGCGAAAUUUCGACGAGGUGGAGCCAAUGUGGAUUGCGACACCACCUACCAGCGGUAGUAGUUGG